AUGACUGGAAGUCCAUCUCGGGUGUUUGCUGCACUUAUGCCGGCUGGCGGCGAUACCUUCCGAGAUGAAAACCAAACAAACUUGGCCAGGGCUCUUCAGCCACCCGCUUGUGAGGCACAAACCUCUGGAAGAGAGGUUCAAGUCACGGGAAGCUGCGAAUUGUCCGCCCUACCGGACCGGGCUACGCUGUGUAUAAGCGUCAGCAGCAACAAGGAUUCGGUUAACGACGUCACGAAUAGUGUCUCCAGAAGACUGGAGUAUAUCUUACAGGCUCUGCGACAGCACGAAGUCAAGGGAGAAAACACCACCGUGACCAAAGUCCUAAGAAGAGGUGACAAUUCUUACGACAUGGAAGCAGAGGUGAGUGUGGUGUUCACAGACUUCAGCGCCAUGCAGAGCGUCAGCAACGUGCUGGUGGAGAAGCUGGAUAGGACCGUGACGGUCAGCCCGCCCUCGUUCUCUCUCAGCCCGGACUCCCUCAACAAGCUCAGGCGACAGGCGUGUUUGGCGGCGGUGGAGAGCGCGCGGCGGAAGGCACGGGAGGUGUGCGGCAUGCUGGGACAGGCGCUGGGGCGCCCCCUGCUGGUGAAGGAGGAGGAGGCGCGGGAGUGGACGGGGCAGCCGGAGGAGGGGGGGGCCGGGGCGGGGCAGAGGGGGGCGCUGGCGUCCCUGCAGGAGAGCGUCAGGAAGGCCACGGCCUUCGCCUCGUCCCACGUCUAUGUCUCCUUCGAGAUCAGGCCCAAGGACAGAGCCAGGAAGAAACACUGACUGACCCACAAC